AUGGCAGGAGCUCUUCGAAAUCAAAGAGGACUCAAGAGAUGGGUAGCAGAGAAGCACCAAAGGAAAGAGCAGUCGCUGGAGCUGGGAGAGGCAGUCAAGCUAGAGAGCAAGGGCGGAGGAGGCGGCGGAGAGAAUGUGCUUUGGGGUUCGGUCCCGAAAUCCUCUUCCGAAGUAUCCGGUUCUGCCCAACGACUGCCCGACUGCCCGUUCCCCAUCGAGAGACGAUUUCCCUCUCGGCCAGUUCCAGGGCAGCUGCUGGAGGCGUCUCCUCGCCUCGUUCCCAGCAGCAGAAGCAGCAGGAAGAAGAUCGCGGCGCCCAGCCUGCCCUGGAGCUGCCGAAACGGGCUCCUGAUGCAUCUUGGGAAUGUCCGCCUCUUGCCCCUCUGGGCAGCUGCCCUCCUGCUGCUGGGCGGCUGCUCUGGUACCUCCUCACACUCUGUGAAGGUUCAUAUUGCAGUGUGGGAUUCUGCUGAAGGGCUACCCCAGUUCAUGGGUCUGGGGUACUUCAAUGACCAGCUCUUCAUUCGCCGUGAGCAGAAGAUGAGGCAGUUUGUCCAGGAUGAUCCUGAGUACUGGCGCUUGUACACCCAGCAUUCAUCUGGUCUAGAGGAGAUGUUGAGCCAACACGUGGCAAUGGUCCAAAAAUAUGGCAACCAGAGUGAAGGUUUUCUCACUUGGCAGGGAAUAUGUGGCUGUGAGCUGAGGGAGGACGGUCAGAAAGUGGGGAAUACCUGGUUGGGCUACAAUGGGAGGAACUUCAUCAGCUUCGACAAGGGCACCCUCUCCUGGACUGUAGCAGCCAAUGCCACCGCCAAGAAGGACCGAUUUUACUAA